GCGAGCAGCGCAACGUGUACCGCAUCGCCAACCAGCAUGACGGGGACCAGCAGAAACAUUUUGAGCACUGCGAUCGGGACCAGCAGCUCGAUGCCGACUACGACGCCGUUCAGCAGCGCGAUGAGGUUCAGCAACUCCACUCGGAACACCGCGGCCUGUGCCAGCAUUUCGUUGAUGACCAGCACGACGGGGACCAGCAGUUCCACGCUGAGCAUCACGACGGGGACCAGCAGGACGGCACUGAGCAGCACAACGGGCACCUGCUGUACGUCGCCGAUGGCAGGAGGGAGCUUUUUGUCCUCGACGCGGCCCGAGACGUAGCCGCAGCCGUGUUGCCCCUUUCCUCGCACUUCCGGCUCGGGCCCAGCGUGCAUCUCGCGAGGGCGAGGAGCAGCGCCGCCGUGCAUUGGGGCGCGAGGCGGUGGCGCUCCGCCGGUGCCGCCUCCGGCACCGCAUUGGCCUGCUUCUCGCCUGUGGUCGGGUCCGCCGGGGCGGCCACCCAGCCGAGCGCCCAGCUGGAGGACGAGAUGCAG